AUCGGCUUGAACCGUGGUGAGCUAAACCAUGACGGGGAGAGGGGGGAACUGUCAUGGAAAUGACCCAUGGCUGGGCAGGGGAAGACGUGGUUGGGCUAAACCAUUGCGGGAAUGGAGGGAACCAUAGUGGGGCUGAACCAUUGCGAGGGCGGGGGAGACCUGGGACAAAACCAUUGCGGGACCGGGGGAAGCCAUACCAUGGCCGGAGCUGUCAUGGGGCUGCUCCGUGCUGUGGAGGGGAUGUGGAAGCUUCACAGCGAUGGCGACACGGCGGUGUCACCCCACAGCCACCCCAGCACCUUUCCUUGUCGCCAGGCUGUCCCCAGGCUGUGUCCCCUGCUCCGUGUGCCAGACCCGUCCCUCACAGCCGGGCUGCGAUGGCAGCGAGCCGUGCACUGAGUGCCCUGCGCCUCUGGGCCCCGUCCCGGCCGCCGCUCGCUGCCAGCGCCCGCAGCAAUUCCAACCGCGCGGCCAUCGGGCACCUGCAGCGGCAGCGCUACGGCCGCCAGUACCCGCUGCUGCUCGUCAGCACCGACGGCUCCACCGUCCGCCUGCGCUACAGUGAGCCCAAGAGGAUCCUCAUGAUGCCCCUGGACAGCAACACGCUGCCCGAAGCCGAGCGCAAGGCUCGUCUGCGCCGGCAAUUCCCUAGCAAGCCUAAGGCCAAGGAAGAGGAAACCUUCGAGGGCAUCGACCUGGACACCUACAAGAAGUUCUGGAAGAAGUGAAGCGCUGAAACCAGAAUUGUUUAAAUGUAAAAAUAAAUGUAUAAAUAAAAAUACACAAGUACA